GCGGGCGCAGCGCAAUUUACGAGGUAUCGUGGCCCUGGGGGCGCGGACACAGCGUAAUUACGAUGCAUCGUGGCCCUGGCAAGCAGCUGCACAGCGCAGUUGCAGCGGCGGCGUGGGGCGCAGUCCAGGGUGGCGUCUGCUGCGCGGCUCAUGGUGAAGAUGCAGGCGCUGCCGCGUGGGAGCCUCUCGAGUCGUUGGAGACGCUGCACCCUGAAAUCAAGGUGGGCGCAGGCCUCGAUCGGAGACCCUCCAUCACGCAGGCCAUGUCCCUCCUGCGUGACAAGGGUGCGGGCCAGUUGGCACCGCGCCUGGGGAAUAUAAGCCAGCUCCGGAGUGUGGCUGGCCACCCGGACGUCUCCCUGCAGGAUGACAUCCACAAGGUCUUCGACAGCGGGCUCGAGAAGGAGGAGCACGGGCCCAGCCACGAGGACAGGCAGCAGAACACGCAGCAGGGCGAGCUCCACAGGCAAGAGCUCGCGGACGCUAUCGGCACCAAGCUCCAGGGCAUCGAAAGGCACCUGGAGUGCUUGGGAGCAAAGCUCAAGCAGGCGUCGGACCUGCCGGUGAAGCCCAUGACAGGAGCUGAUCCGCAGCAGGCUACCCUGGCCAUCGGCAAGAAGCAGAUGUGGGUGGACAGCGAGACGGCCUUCUGCCGCGAGCGACGAGAAGACGUCCCAGGCGGAGACUGACGAGUCGGCCACGAGCGAGGCCAUGGAGACCACUAGCGCUGACCCUGAGGUGCAUAAGGUCAGUUGUACGGUAAACCAGUUUGAAGCCAAGAUGAAAGAGUUCAUGUACGAGCUCAGCACGAAGAUGAAUUCGACUGAGUAUAUGUAAUAACUACAAGCGCGUGUUGUGCAGAACGGCAUCGCGCCUCACGAGAUUGAGGCAAAGUUCCCGAAGGCACCCGAGGUGAAGAUGGCCCUCCAGAACAAGGCCAAUCGGAGGCAAAGGUGCGCCAGCGUGAGGCCGUGCCAGACACAGUGCUGUCCGCCUUGGCCUCUCGCGCUUUGCUUUCUGGGUAGUGCUCCAUGUGUUCCGCAGUAUCCUCAAGCACAUUUUGAGUUGAAAAAUUUCGAAGCCUGCCCUCGAACGAUGGUGAUAGGCACUUUGUCGAGGAUCUGUGAUCGUGCUGCUCCGUGGUUGUUCCUUCAGCCGCGUUUGCAAUGGGC